CUAGGCUGCCAGAUACCAUCUCAAACUGCCACAUUAGCAAGGACUGAACCUGGCCAGAGGAACUUCUGACCAAGAAAUAAGAUUUUCUAGGUUCUGGAAAAGUCAGUAUGUUGGAUCAGAUUCAUUGGCUGGCUGCCGUGACAGUCCUGGGAGUCCUGGAGCAAGCCUACUUCUUCCUCCAGGUGAUCUAUGCUAGGAGGUUGUUUGGCAUUUCACCUCCAAAGAUCUCAGGCCCUCCUGAAUUUGAAAGGAUCUUUCGAGCACAGGUGAACUCCUCUGAGUAUUUUCCCAUCUUCCUGGCACUUCUGUGGCAGGCUGGACUCUUCUUCAAUCAAGGUCUGGCUGCAGCCUUGGGUCUGCUCUAUCUCUACGCCCGCUACUGCUACUUCAAGGGAUACAAGGCAUCGUCCUCAGAAAGACUCGCCCCGAUAUACUUCAGCGCUGGAGUUCUCUGGAUUCUCAUUGCAGUGUCAGCCCUGGGCAUCCUGCAUUUCUUCCUCUCUCACUAUGUGGGGCUGAAUGUCCUCCAGCUUCUCACAGCAUGACCCACUCCUCUGUGCUUCACCACUGUCCUCAUCUUCAAGUCCUGCUCCCUCCUGCCUGCCUUAACAGACUGGCUGCAACUCAGCAGCCCUCAAUGAGAAAGCCACCUUCACCCAAGCUUUUAAC